GCUUUCAUUUCUCUUCCCCAGGGUGACUAAGAUGGAACCGUUGUUGCAACUGCAGUCGGGCUUUUGGGCCGGGGGCCCCUCUCCGGGCCAGUUCUACCGCAUCCCGCCCGUCUCGGGAGCCGUUCUGGGGCCAGACAGCAUUGCCUGCGCAGGCCCGAUCACUCGGACGCAGAACCCAAUGGUGACAGGGACUUCUGUCCUAGGUGUAAAAUUUGAUGGUGGUGUAGUGAUUGCAGCAGAUAUGCUGGGUUCCUAUGGCUCCUUAGCUCGAUUCCGAAACAUCUCUCGAAUCAUGCGUGUCAACAAUAAUACCAUGCUUGGUGCCUCUGGGGAUUAUGCAGAUUUCCAGUAUGUGAAGCAAGUCAUUGACCAGAUGGUAAUUGAUGAAGAGCUGCUAGGUGAUGGGCACAGCUAUAGCCCCAAAGCCAUCCACUCUUGGUUGACCAGAGCCAUGUACAGCCGCCGCUCAAAGAUGAAUCCCCUCUGGAACACCAUGGUCAUCGGUGGCUAUGCUGACGGAGAAAGCUUCCUUGGCUAUGUGGACAUGCUUGGUGUAGCCUAUGAAGCCCCCACACUCGCCACUGGUUAUGGUGCCUACUUGGCCCAGCCCUUGAUGCGAGAGGUUUUGGAGAAGAAGCCAGUUCUAAGCCAAGCAGAGGCCCGGGAGCUGGUGGAGCGUUGCAUGCGUGUGCUAUACUACCGAGAUGCUCGAUCAUAUAACAGGUUUGAAAUUGCCACAGUGACUGAGAAAGGAGUUGAAGUGGAGGGACCUCUGUCUGCAGAGACCAAUUGGGAUAUUGCCCAUCUGAUCAGUGGUUUUGAGUGAUGCAGUUUUAGCUCCAGCCUCAUCUGUUAUGAUCUACUUACUCCUGGCCCUGCUAUUAAAGGCUAUGUUGGCUGUCCUGGGACUGGGAUUUGACUUUUUUCCUUUUAUAAAAGAUUUUGGUGGAAAAUAAAUAAUUCUAGACCUCU